GUUGAACGAACUACUUUAGUUUCACUUCUCUUACCUUCUUUUAUCUUGUUACCUGGAAUAUUUUAACAAGUUGGCUGUUUUCGAAGCAUUUAUGGCUGUUUUAUAAUUACUUUUUGGAUAUCAAAACUUAAAGGAUUAUUAUCAAUUUGUAAACCUUCUUGAAAGAUGUUAAUGACUAAAGGUAUAUAAUAAUGGAGAUAGAAGACUUGUCCCAAUUACCUGAGCAUUACCUCAAUGGUUGGGACCGACAUCACAGCCUUUCUUUGGCAACUACAAAAGGUUUACGUAAUCCUCCUGGAGAAAAUAACUGUUUCUUGAACAGUGCUGUACAGGUAUUCUGGCAUCUUGAUGUAUUUCGACGUAGUUUUAAGAACUAUAAUGGACAUGUGUGUAUGGGAAAUUCCUGCAUUUUUUGUAAUUUGAAGGUCAUCUUCACACAACUUCGGUAUAGUGACAAAAGUUCACUGCAUCCAAAUGCACUGAGACGAGCAUUGGCUGAGGCUUUUGUUGACCAACACCGCUUUCAGCUUGGCCAUAUGGAUGAUGCUGCAGAAUGUUUUGAAAACAUUCUCCGAAGGAUCCAUUUCCAUAUUGCUAAUGGCUACAAUGAAGAUCAAUGCACAGCAACACAUUGUCUGACACAUCGUAAAUUUGCUCUAACUGUUUCAGAUCAGGUGCAAUGUGUGUGUGGUGCUGGUUCUAAACCUUUAGUUUUCUCUGAAAUAGUUCACUAUGUGUCUGUUGCAGCUUUGGUAAACCAAGCAAAUAAGAUAAUUGAAAGUGGAUGCAAAGUUACAUCAGAUAAAUUUGGUCUUUUACUUCGAAAUGCCUGCAGUGUUGGUGAUGUCCGUGAUUGUCCUAAAUCAUGUGGCAGAAAAGUUAAUAUACGAAGAACUUUACAUAAUCAACCUGAUGUUGUAAGUAUUGGUUUGGUAUGGGAUACAGACCGUCCAAGUGGAGAUCUUGUCUCUGAUGUUUUAACCAACAUCAGAACAUCUAUUGUGCUUGAAGAUAUGUUCCAUUGUUCCAAAAUCAGAGACCUGGCUCGACUGCAUUUAGUUGGUAUUGUCUGUUACUAUGGGAAACACUAUUCUACCUUUGUCUUCCAUUCAAGAGAUCAGUCGUGGUAUUACUUUGAUGAUGCCACAGUUAAGGAGAUGGGUCCUAGCUGGGAUUCUGUUGUAGAAAAAUGUUGCCGUGGUCAUUAUCAGCCCCUUUUAUUAAUCUAUGCCAAUCCUAGUGCUACUCCUAUUAAUGUUGCUGAAGCCCCUCGGAAAACUGUAAUGGCUCCAGGUUACAAUAACUCUACAACUGGUGCAGGUAUACUUAGAAGUCAAUCAGCAGAUAUCCGCCGAGCAGUUACCCCUACACCAGACAUGCACUGCUACAUAGAUACAACUAUUCAGCAUAGAAGAUCUAUAACACCAGGUCCAGAAACCUAUUAUCGAUUAAAGGAUUUAGACAGGGAUUCUGUAACAUCAAGCAAUGCUGAACAUCAAAGACAAGCUAGUUUUCUGACAGCUGUUUCAGGAUCUGAUGAUACAGCAUCCAAUCAUUCAAGUGUUAAGAGUUUUCCUUUGGAUUCAGUAAGUUUGAUCCGUUCAUUGUCUCCAUCUGUGAGUAAUCCAUCAAAGCCAAGCAGCAUCUCAUCAGAAUCUGUUGACCAGAACCUGCUAGGAGAGUACAUAUGUACCGAAGGAAGACUCCAAGCUUCAUUUUAUAAUUCAUCCAACUCAAACAGUUGUAAUGGUGGAGUUUACAAUGUUCAAAGAAGCAACCUGUCUGACUUUUCAGCUCAAAGACGUCCAUCUCCAUCAUUGAGGGAGAAAUCUUUUGAAAAUGUCCAUUCUGAAAGCUUUAUAACUGAAGGAAGUACACCAAAUGAUUUUGGGUAUAGAAAACCUAUAGAUAGUCAUGUUCUUCACUCAGUUGAUUCUAAGUAUCGUGAUGUUACCAAUCCACCAAGAGACACUUAUAAAACACAAAUUAAAGCUUAUGAUGGUAUUAAACACAGCCACUUGGUUGUCAAACCAACUGUACAAAAUACAGAGCAAGACAAUUAUUAUGAGAAUAUUAAAUGUGUUGGUCCUUUGCAUUCAGGUCUAGCAACAUUGCCAAGAAAUAAAGAUUCAGCCAAUGAAAGGAAACAGUUAAGCCAACAGGAACAGUUAUCUUAUUCUCGCCCAUCAGUCUCUCUAAAAUGUCAAACUCCAGCAAGAUUUGAGAAUGGACAUCAAUACAACAGAUACCGUUCUAAUCAUCCCAGUUUUAAUCAUUCUUCAAAUAGCAUUCCAAAACCAGGAAAUAUGAUCAGAAGUAUUUCUGCUCAUUCACUGGCUUCUCCUAAUAAUGAAACUUAUGUUUCUAAAGACAGAACAUAUAAAAUUCCUUCCCAAGACCAUGAAGACAACUAUAGCCAGGAAAAGUACAUUGAUCGUAAAACUGUUGAGCAUGUCAUGAAGAAACUCUAUCCAAAGCCACCAAAAGGUACAAUUAAUGGCUUGCGCCAUUCUAACAGAAUCAAAGAGAACUUGAAUGGCUUGGGAAAUAUUGCCUCGGCAACUGAACUGAGCGAAGCACUUACACUUGAAAUUCCAUAUGAUAGUGUAUCAUUAGAAUCUCAAAGGGAUUCAGGUUAUGGAAGCAGUGACCGAAAUAGUUCCAGUUCAUCAAGUAGUAUCACUAUGGAUCCUUAUGGCCAAUAUUUGCCUAGCAAGGGUAUCCAGCCACUUUCUCUAUCGGAAAAUCAAAAGUUUUCUUCAAAUGUGGAAAAGAAUAGUGUUUAUUCUGGACUUGUUGGAAACACAGGUAACAGAACAGGGAACAAAAACAUGUACCUUGGAAGGAAAGGUAGCAUUGACAGUAUCUUAAACGAGCCUCUAUAUCCAAGUAAUACAUUUUCAACAGAUCUGUUCUGUGAGAAUGUUUCAGUGGAUAUUAAAUCUUUACCUGAUAAUGCUUCACAAAAUAUUAAAUCUUCUUUAAUGCAGCAAGGGAAAAAGAUACUUCCUGACAAACCAUUAAGUGGACAUAUUGUACGAGAUGCAAAAACUAAAGCAAUUAUUUCGCCACAUCCGAAUCCAAGUCCUGCCAAUGGAAAUGAUUUGAUAAAUUUUAAAAGUGGCAUCCAGAAUAAUAUGAAUUCCAUACAAGGAAACAAAGGCCCAACUUCUGAAGAUGAAUACAUCAGGUAUUGUUGUCUUCAAGCGGAUAAUAUGAUGGAUAAUUGCCUGGCAGCUGAAGCUAAAGGAGACCUUCGUUGUGCCAUUUGUGAUUGUGAUAAAGCUAUUGGUUAUUGCAAGCAGAUUUUGGAGUUGGUAAAUAUUCCUCAUCAAUCAGUGGUAUUUAUGCAAAACAAACUGCACUGUUGUGUGGUGAAGAGGCGAUCUCUAUACAACAAGUAUAGCACCAAGCAGCAACAGGCUGCUGCUCAUUGUUCUGCAGGGCCAUCACUUGAUGAAAGCAUGCAAGCAGAGAAAAUUAGGAAUAGCAUGGCUGGUCUUUUACCAUCAAAUGGAAGCUCUUCUUCCUCCUCUUGUAGUAAUAAGAAAGAUAACUUGAACACAUCAAUUAUUAGUUCAAUUUCAUGUCCUAACUAUCAACAACAAAAGCAUGUUGCAUCAGUUAAUAAUGACAAGUGUUUAGAGAAAUAUUUUUCUGAUUCUAACCAAAACAGUUCUAAGCUACAAUGUAAAAUGUCUUCAGUAGCUGGCAGAGAAGUUGGAAAAGAACUACCUGAAACUGUAGAUAGCUGGAGUAAUGCAAAUGUAUAUGGUACACUACCAAAGAACAAACCAAGACAAAUUGUGUCUAAAGUGGUAAACCAGGAAGCUGAAGUCUACCAAAUGUUCUUAAAUCGACAGAAACAACUGAACAAAGAAAAUAAUUCUAUGUCUUCUUACAUGAGCACUGGCUGCAUGGCCUUUUUUCCAAAUUCUCAAAUAAACAGUAACAUGAGUAAUUCUUGCAGUAACUUAAACAAAACACGACCUUCAAGUACAGUUUCACAACCUCACAGUCGAUCAGAUUCUGUUGAUUCUUCAGCUAACAGCCUUAUAUCAUGUGAUUCAGCAGUAACUACUAUUUCUACACUCCACUCUAGAAGACAAAAUAAUUCUCCUGCUAUGAACAGACCUUAUAGACAAGAUACUCCAACUAUUACUCAGUGUGAGACAAGAACAUACCAACAUGGUUCUGGGACCAUGUACAGAAAUGUUGAUGAAAGCCAUGUCAAACCUGAGCAAUCAACAAUACCACAGUCUUCACAUUUUAACCAUUCUGUGGAAUCUUUUAAAUCAGUGAUGGGUCAAGAAAGUAGUGAAACUAAUGUUGGAACAAGGACAAAUGUGGUAUCAAAUACAAGUGGGUUUUCUUCUUGUUUAACAGUUUCUCAUUUUGUAAAAAGUAGCUUAGCAACAGCUCAGACCACACCCAGUGUGGUACCAUCUACGUGCCAGCCUGCUUUCAAAACUAAUACUGCACAAACAAAACAAAACUAUAGUGAAAAUAGCUUUGUACUUCCUUUCCAAAGUAGAACAAUAGAAGGUAAAAAGAAUGAGAGAAUCCAAAGCUUUUCAACUGUGAGACAUAGACCUCUGGCAGAUGCUUGCUUCCAAACUGCAUGCUUUCAUAAGUCAGAUGGCUCUUCAAUUACAAAUGGCACUGCUGAUACAGCUACUAAAAAUACUGCAUUAAAGGUUUCUGAAAGUAAUAGUGAAACUUUGCUUCAUUUGGCUAAUUCUCAGAAUUUGAUCUCAGAGAGGUUGUGUGCCAGUGAUGAUGAAGAUUUUGUCAGACCUAGUGUCAAGGAUUUGGCUUCAAAGUUUGAAUAUGAUGUCACUAGCAAAACUUCAGAUUCUGUAGAUGGCAAUGGUAACCUUACUCAGCGAAGGUCUUUUAGGGUUAGAAGCAAGUCAGAAUCAAGUACAAUGAAACCAAAACCAGCACUCAGCAAGCACCAGUUUCAACAAGGCUCUAGACCACGUAAAUCUGUGACAUUUGCUGAUAAUAUCGCAAUGAUUGCUCCAAACAAUAAGAUGUACACAAGCCAUGAUGCAAACAUAAAUCGGAAGGAAAAGAGCACCAAUGAAAAAUAUGAUUGGGAUGAUGAUGACAGCAGUUCUAGUAGUGAAGACCCCACUGAACUAACUGAUGGUCCUUUUUGCAAUUUGUGUCAAAAGAAAGGAGUUCAACAAGGACAAGUUUACUGUCAAGACUGUGACUUUUAUAUGAGUCGGUUUAAACCUUGCACUUGAUCUUUAGGGAAAACUUUUUCAAUCCAGACUUCUUCUGUUAUGUGAUAGACACUGCCACAUGAAUGAAUUUCCUUCUCUACUGGUAGAGAUAGCUUAGUGUACUAAUCCUAUCUUUCACAUUUAUUGGACUUCAUUUCAAUUCCUGCAAUUUAAAGCCAACUUUCAUUCACAUUUUACACAAACAACAUACAUAUAUGGAAGAAGUUUGGUAGUAACCACAGAGAAACAUUAUAUGAAUAUGUAAAAUCUGCUACAUCGAAUCUCAGCAAACUGUUUUAAAAUUUUUCUCCCCCACUUAAUUCUGAACUAAUAACUGGAAAAUUUAUACUUUUGUCAAAAAAAUUAAUUACUAGAACAUAAUUCUAUUUUCUAAUGAAAAUAUAUUUAUUUUUCUAUUUUCAUCAAAUACUUUCUCUAUUGUUAUUUUAUUUCUUAAAAACCUUCUCAUAAGUUUACCCACCUUAAGACUUUUUUAUUGCUAUAAGGUUUCACUAAUUCUUUUCUAAAAGUUUUCUAAAUUAUUUUCUCCAGAAACUUAACAUUCUUCUAUUUAAAGAAGUAAUUUCUUUCUAGUUUGAAACACUUUUUGGUCUAGAGUUAUAUCGUGGAUAACUGAAUAUAUGAUUAUUUAGAUAAUGAAUAAUAUUUUGAGAUAGUAGGAAAUUGAAUGUGAAGUUAUCAAAGACUCUGGAUAAUUAACAUUCUGUGUGUAGUAAAAUUGAGAGCUAUUUGCGAACACAUUUGUUAAUGAAAAAGAAGCCAUCUCUAAUAUUAUCCAAAAUAUAAGCAUAAUUUUAAUUUUUGUUUAAGUGUUAUGUUAGUUGAGAGAUUCUCUAUCUUCCUCUUCAGAAGUAUCAAUCAGUAUAAAUAUGGUAACCUCUGUAUCUUUGUAUAAACGCCAAGGAAAUUUAUUACUGCCUCUUACAUUGGUUUUGGGGGUAUGUUGGGAGUGAAACUGUUAAAUUCUGUAGAUGAAAUUUUUUGAGGUAUAUUUUACUUGAAAAUAUCAUCUCAGUUGAUUAUCUAGGAGAAAAAUUCUUUUUUUUUUUUUUGUAUUCACAUAAGAAUACUUUAGUGAAGAAAAUUGAUAUACAACUAAAUUGGGUUUUUUGUGAAAUUGGCUGAAUGGCCAAAAGUAUGUUUGAUUCAUACCAGUUAUGUCAUGAAUUUAGAGCAAAGGCAUAUUACACUGCUUAUCCUAUUCCACCUGUUGGAAAUUGCAAAACAUGUUCAGCCAUAAAAAUAUCUAUGCUGGUAAUUUUUUCCAUUCUUAUCCAAAUUUCAAAAACAACUGUAAUAAUAUGGAUAUUUCAUAAAGCAUUGAAUUGUUGGACAACACUGAAUGAUUUGUCUUCAGGUGGUGUAUAUAGUGUCUGCCUGCUAAAAUACUAAUGUAAAUCAACCAUAUAAAGACCAUCCUGGUCCAAGUUGAAAGCCAGGAGAGGAUAUGAAUUCAACCCUACAAACUAACAAAAAACUAAUGUGGUAAACUGUUCUUUAGCCCCCAGGCCAGUCCUAAUUGAUGACUAGUGAUCUGGUUUUGAUUAUUUAUCUAUGAAUGUUGUUAUCCAAUACAUCCUUUAUAUAAAAUGGUAGGGCAUGAUUUGAUGAAGAUUUGGUUGUUGUUUCCAGUGUGUUGAGCAACCAUGUAGAACUUCUCAUUGAGUAUUGAGACCAGCCAAACAAUAUUGUUGGAAAACAAGACAUCAGCCAGAAAGUAUCUCUGUUUAUUUCUCUUUGUAUCUCAUUUCUUUAAUGAGAUGGUUGGUGUAAGAUAAUGAUGUGAGAAUGAGGUGCUUCUACUUCAUUAUUUUGAAGAGGCAUAUAUGGGGUAGGUAUAUAUGAGGUAUAUGGGGUAGUGUUAGAUAUGAGUUUCUUAAAGUGUAAAUGGGGCUAGCAAUUCUUCAGUUACAUGUAUAGAUAUACUUAAUAUAAAUUCCAUUAUAGUAAAGAUUAUUAUAGAAAUUUGUGGUAAUUACAGAGCUGGAGAAUUCUGUUUUUACAGUGUUUAUAAAUUUCUCACUUUUUCUACUUUAAGGGAGCAAAUUUUGCUGUUUGUAACAAAAUGUUGGUUGCAUCAAUUUUUUCUAUUUUUCGAAUUAACAUCUAUAAUUUCUAAAAAGAUUCAGUUUUAAAAAAAUUGAAGGAAAAUAUUUAACCCAGCUAAUAAGUAUAAGGAGUAAGUUUGUUUGUUUUAAGCUCCUUUUUAAAAAAUUCUGAUUUAUAAUUAUUAUAUUAAACAAACGCAUUUGUAUUAAUUGCAUUGACAAAGCUGGAGAAUUCUGUUUUUACAGUGUUUAUAAAUUUCUCACUUUUUCUACUUUUAAGGAGCAAAUUUCUCCUGAUUAUUUAUAGUUAAUGCUGCUCCUAUGUAUUUUAUUUAGUCAACUGGAAGAAAAGAGUGAUAGAUAUUUGAAUUUCCUUCAGUUAAAUUAUAGAUGAUGUAACCUGAAAAAAUUGGUUCUAAUAACCAACAUUUGAUUGGAUGUUUUUAACUGAAUCAGAUGGCAUAUUUCUUUUAUGACAAUGUAUUUCAAAUAUCUAAUAUGUUAAAAUAAAUAUAUAAAAUCUUUGGGUGUAGUGAAAUCUGCUUCAAAAAAUUACCCUAUCUUUAAUUCUAUACAUUUGCAGUGGGGGGCAGGUCCCUCCUAUGAUAUAAAUGAAUAAUAUACUUUUGACCAGUUGACAAGUGUACAUUGAAUAAAAAAAAAAAACCACACCCGCUGGGAAUCUGAGAAAACCAUUAAUUAGGG